UGAAGAGCGGUUUACUCAUCAUCCACUGCUGGUGCUGAACGAUUUUUCCCUGGAGCAUGUGCCAUUCAAAAAGAAGAAAAUUUCUUCUCGAAAGAUGACUUUAGGUGCUAAAUCUCUGCUAGCAAGAAGUUUGGAGGGAAAAGGGGUAAAAUUAAAGUAUUAAGAACGAUUUUGAGCUAGACAGUAGUAGGAGGAGCUAUGAAUUAAAGAAUGAAACAAAUGAGAAAGGAUCAGGGAAAAGAAUCAUGAGGAUCACAAAGUCUGAUGAAGCACAGACAAAGACGAAAGAUAGGCUAAGCCAUUAAAGCAGACCUGAGUGGAGAACAUGCAAAGGAGAAAGAAGAAUAAAGAGAAAAGGUGAAGGAGCAAUUGAUGCUGAGAUAAAACCUGAACCAGGAUCUACACAUCAGUGGAUGAGCUAGCAGAAUUCGACCUGCUGGUGGCAAUGAUGUCAAAUGUUUCUCCUGAGUGAAUGAAACAUUCCUACUUAUUCCUACUUCCUACUACAGCCAUGAAAAGAUGAUAUUCUCUCUAAAAUUAUACAAAUUUAUAUUAUACAUUUCUUGCAUUUUCAGUACUAAAUAAUUUAGUUUUUCAUAAACUGUUAUAAUUCUCACUGACUAAAUUAUUUUCGGUGUCUUAUAUUAGAAAACAAAAUGACACAUGGAAAAAAUGUGAACAGAGGAAAUGAAAGUCAGACGAAGGCUAAGAGAUGUGUUGAUAUGACGUAAAUGUCACACAGGAAAACCUAGGCGUAGGUGCCAUGAGCUAUCUGUACACAAUUUAUGAAAAGAUUUUGGGUGAACUAACGGUCCUACUGGUGAGCAGGGAGACAAUUUCAUCUAUACAUUCUCAAGGAGACACCAUAAAAUAUCAGCGAACAUGAGCAACAGCAGCAGCAGCUGUAACAGUAAAUUUUCAACAGACCUGUUACCCCCCAUCUACGGUGUGGAAAUGAGUGUGGCACUGGUGGGGAACAUACUGGCACUGUGGCUGCUUGUGACUAAGGAGAAGAAGAACUGGCACACGGGAGUGGUGUUCUCCUGCAACCUGGUCAUCAGUGACAUUUUGUAUGCCCUCACUCUGCCGCUUCUCAUGGUCUACUAUUCAAGUGGACGGAUCUGGAAAUUUGGUGAUGCUCUCUGCAAAAUAGAGCGCUUUCUCUUCACCUGUAACCUCUACGUCAGCAUUUACUUCAUCAUGUGCAUCAGUGUUAAUAGAUACCUGGCCAUCGGUCAUCCGUUCUUCACACGCAACCAUGUGCGACCGAAACAUGCCAAGAUCAUCAGUCUGCUGGUGUGGAUCUUAGUGGCAAGCAUUUCAUCUCCAAUCCUCUACUAUUCAGGUGUCAAGAAAGAGAGAUGUUCCUUAUUUUCAGAUUCAGAACAUGAAUCUAAAAAGUUUAUAUACAGGGUGUUUAUGGCUGUUACGGGCUGUUUGGUCCCAUUUGUAGUUACUUUUGCAUCCUAUUUUGGUGUAAUAUGGGUGGUUUUCAAAAAUGAGAAUAUCACAUCUUUGGAGAAGAAAAAAGUGGCUCUGAUGGUGGGUUUAGUCUGCGUCCUGUACUCCAUGUCUUUUGUCCCCUAUCACAUUUUGCAAAUAUGGCACUUUAAACUGAAGAAGGAAAAUAAUAUUAAUUGUUAUGUGCGUAAUGGAUACCAAGUGUCAAAGGCAUUAGCCUGCCUGAACAUGUGCCUCCAUCCCAUCCUGUACAUGGCUGUGUUUGACAGUAUCAGGGCAGUGUGCUGUAGAAGGAGCUUAAAUGAAUCUAAUUAAUCUACUAAAUCUUUUUUAUUCUCUUAGGUUCACCUUAAAUUUUAAAUACUUUUUUUUAUGGACUUUUAUCUGAUGUGCAUGACCAACACUGUCUAAAUAAAGUAAUGGGUGUAAUAAUGGAUUUUUUAUUAUUUUUUUUUUGGUUAAUGUAAGCCUGACUAAGCCAUAAACGUUAACUAGUUAUUCAGAUGUCUGGUCUCAUUGUAAAUAUACAGUAUACGUUAAUUUCAAAUAAAUAAGUGAUGGAAAACA